AUGGUAUUGUUCGUUGCCUUGCCUGAACGGGCUUGUUUGCGGUCAAGUGUGGCAGCUGUGAAGGUGAACUCCCGUGGCAAGCAGGUUCGAGACGAGGGCGUGCGAGUGGAGCUUUACGAUCAAGUGGAAGGCGGUGGGGAUGCCAUGAACGCUGUAUAUGAUGGUGUUAUUUUCAAGGCAAUUUCGAAGACCAAGCAAAAUACGCCGAGAGCGCCCCAAUCAACGUCUGCAACUGCAUGUACGCACUAUCAAUACUGUAUUGAGACUGGACUGCAUGGCAAUAUUGGCGUCAUGUUAACAAUAGAUAUUUCUCCGAUAUUGAUGCAGUCGUUGGUGCUCGAGUCGAAGUCUCCGUCGGUGAUGGCGUCGGGCCAUAACCAGUGGGUUGUGCUGCGUAAGCAGAGUACUGGGUUGUUAGUUAACGUAUCUAUCCACCCUUCACUCGGUUGCCCAAAGUCUCGUAGUCGCCCUAAUGCAAUGACGGUGGAGACGACAAAUGGCAUUACUGGUAGCGGCGAGCAAGAUUGGUCAAUAUCGAUGUGA